AUGACCACGAUAGCUGUUUCUGUGUACGACGGCAUCGCAACAAUCACAAUGAAUCGGCCCAAGUCGUACAAUGCUAUCACGACAGCUGAUUACAAUGCAUUUGCUAAUGCACUGAGGGAAAUAGACAAAAUGGAAGAUGUCUUAAUCACUGUUUGGCAAGCAACUGGGAAGUGGUUCUGCGCAGGAACGGAUGUCAAGAACAGGUCCUUUGACAAACCAUUGGAUGGAACAGACAACUCGGAUUUUACACUGAGACGUGCGUUCCUACAAGGUGUCGUUCACACAACGACAGACUGUGGACGUGCCCUGUAUACCCAUAGCAAGAUAUUGGUGGCUGCGUUGAAUGGACCUGUCAUGGGAAUUGCUGCGGCUUUCCUUGGGUAUUUUGAUUUCAUAUACAGUGUUCCAGAAGCGUGGCUAUGCGUUCCCUUCACUUUCUUGGGUACGCAGCGUUCAGCGCUCAGCAACGACGUUUCUCGUCUUCAUUUUCACACCUUUUAUGAAGGUAUCAUUGCGGAAGGAGGGUCAAGCGUGAGCUUUAUCAACCGGAUGGGAGUCGCACAAGCAAACGAGGUUUUGAUUUGGGGAAAGAAGAAAACAGCCCAGGAACUCCUUGGUUCUGGUUUUAUCAAUGAAAUAUUCCCCUCGCAGUCAGCCGAGAACUUCCAUGCGACGGUCAGGGCUCGAUUGAUGGAAGAGUUGUCUGGGCUUGAUCCGACGUCUGUAUUGGCGGUGAAGAAACUACUUCGGGCUGGGCUCAACGAAAAAAAUGACCCUGAUGCAGUGAACCUCAGGGAAAGCUACGCACAAGCCGAGAGAUUUGUUAGUGGGACACCAGCUGUGCAGUUUGGUCGCAUUGCAAGGAAAGAGAUAAGACACAAGUUGUGA